UGCUCUCAAAAUCUCGCCUUAAAAAACCACUUCACUCCACACUCUCUCUCCCUCCCUCUCCCGGCCAGUCGUAACGGUCAUCUCCGAUCUUCCACUUUCUCUCUCUAGAACGCGAUUUUACCUCGAUCCUCGUGAGGAAAUUCCUCUCUUCAACACCGACAUUCUGGCAGGAUUCCUCGCGUUAAUGGCUUUUGGCUUUCGCGCUGGAGUCGGUUCAGCUCUCCUUUAAUGGCGGUUUAAUUGCAGGAAAUUGUGGUUUCUCUUCGCGUGUGAUUCCGACCGAGGCCGGCUUCGAUCGCACGCGAUGGUAGCUGCAGUAUCCGCCCCGGUAAACCCUAAUAAAGCGGCGGCGCUGGCGCCGGCGGCGACGACGAGGAGGGCGACGGCUCGAGGAGGAGGAGGCGGCGGCGCUCGUGCGAACCAUUCGAGGCCUCCUCUGUUGCCUUCCGAGCCGGACAAUGCGCUCGCCGCUCGCCGACCUAUGGGCCGAGAGGUCACUUCUCGCUACUUGUCCUCAGCUUCCUCUACCACGUCUUCGUCUGCUUCGUCCACGUCCUCUUCCGCGUCGUCUUGUUCGUCCAGGGGGUGUCCGUCGCCUCUGAUUUCGAGGACGGCGGCGAUGACGCCGAGCUCCGCGGCGGCUAAGCGCUCGCAGUCGGCGGAAAGGCGGCCGGCGACGCCCCGGCUGAACAAGGAUGGUUUGAGGGGUGGUGGCGGUGCGAAGGGCGGUGAGUUGACCGCGGCGCAGAAAUUGCUGCUCACCUCCGCUCGGAACUUGUCCGUGUCGUUCCAGGGAGAGUCAUACUCGCUUACAGUCAGCAAAGCGAAGCCUUCGCCGGCUCCGAGCAGCACGGGGAAAGGGACUCCGGAGAGGCGGAAACCCGUGGCUGCAGCGACUCCGCGGAGAAAACAAUUGGAGAAUUCGAAGCCGGUAGAGAAGCAGAGGUGGCCAGGAAGGUCGAGGCAAGGGAAUUUCAUGAGCAGGAGUGUGGACUUCGGUGAUGAUAGGAGGAGGACGGGCGGAUCUAGGGGGAAUGUAGUUGGGGCACUGCAGACAUCAAUGAUGGUCGAUGUUCGGGCUUCUCGUGAUGGACGAUUGCCUGACUCUGAUUCAAGUGAUCACGUGCUGGGAAAAGCUAACGAGGUUGACGUGGAAAGAAAUUCAGGUUUGCAAACCAACGGACGCACCGACUGUAGUUCUUCUGAUAGUGAGAGUUUGUCUUCUGGUAGCACUUCAGAGGUUCAGGAAUGUGGAAGUGGACAAGGGCAGCAUGGGCCUAGGGGAGUUGUGGUACCAGCAAGGUUUUGGCAAGAGACAAUUAACCGGAUGCGACCCCAGCCAGAGGAUGGCACGCCGCUGUGGACUGGCCCUGUCCUAAAAAUGUGCUCAACACCAAAACUUGUCGUGCCUAAGAAGCCUGGUUUCGGUAGCCCAGUCUCUUCUCCGAAAGGGAUUUUGAGUUACCGGGGACAGGCAUCUCCCGUUCAUGGGGCAGUUCGACCAGCAUCGCCAAGUAAACUUACUCAUUUGGCAGUAUCAGCAGGAACUCCUCUUGAUGUUAGUGCGAGCAAUAUACCUUCCAUCUUGAGUUUUGUUGCUGAGGCUAGGAGAGGGAAGAUUGGGCAGAACCGUAUAGUUGAUGCACUUGUUCUGAGACUGCUGCACAACCAUCUUUUGCAAUGGCGUUUUGUGAAUGCCAGAGCAGAUGAAGCACUGUCUGCCCAGACAUUACACGCAGAGAGAAGCAUCUACACUGCCUGGCUGAGCAUCUUCAAGCUGCGAGAAUCUGUUAAAACCAAAAGAAUCGAGUUACAGUUGCAGAGGCAAAAUCUGAAGUUAACCUCUGUUGUCCAUGGACAAAUUAGAUAUCUAGAAGAGUGGGCUUCAAUAGAUCAGGACUACUCAAAUUCUUUGUCAGGAGCCACUGAAGCCUUGAGGGCUAGCACUCUUCGCCUUCCCGUCAUUGGUGGGGCAAGGGUUGACAUCCAGAAAGUGAAGAAUGCUAUUUCUUCAGCAGUUGAGGUGAUGCAGGCCAUGGCGUCCUCCAUCUGCUUAUUUUCAUCAGAGGUUGGGAAUGUUAACAAUCUUAUGGCUGAACUCGCGAGGGCUACAUCACAAGAGCGUGCGGUGUUGGAUCAAUGUAGAGAUCUCUUGUCAACGAUUGCUGCCAUGCAGGUAAAUGAAAGUAGCCUCAGAACACACCUUUUGCAAGUACAAUGUGCACUCUCAACCUCAAGCAUUACUGCAGAAAAGUGACGCUGAUACAUUUUGAAGCUAACAUCUCAUAACAGUACUAUGCUUCGAUUUGGCAAUUCGGGGGUAAAAACAGCAUGGAACAUUCCGUUUUGGCUUCUGAAACCAAAGAGCGUAACUUUGGUCUUUCUUUGGGAUCAUCCUUGGGAAGGAGAAGGCAUGUGGCGAUGGGCAUUAUGAGCGUGCCAAAGCAAGGACAGUGGUUUGAACAUCUAGUCUAGGUUCUAUACGGAUCAUCUAUAGGUUAGAAGGAAGUGUAUAUAAGCGAUGUUUCCUUUCAUUUUCUAGAGCCAGCAUGGGAACAGAAAAAGAAUGGAGAAGAAGUACGGACUUGUAGUCCGUUGCUUCUUUUUCUGCUCUCUCGUGUAACUUGCCUCAUAGAUCUUCGGCAUGUUUUGUAAAGCAUAUAUAGUAAGUCCAUUGGGAAGUUUCAAUCCUA